AAGUUAUAACUCGUCAAGCCUAAUUCAUUGUUACCGAGAUCAUUUGUUCAGUCAAGUUCACAGAAUCCUCUCCACAGAAAUUCGACAAAACUGUCCUUGGGUCUGCAAAGACUUCCUCUCAAAGGAACUAUGACGUAUAUUAUCUCUAUUUAUAAUGGAGGGCUAACGACCUGAAACCUCUGUUCGGCAGAAGAUUUACCAAGAUGAGAGAGAAGACGGGUGGUGGCCUUUUCGGGAGUUGGCCGGCCUACAGACGUUCGUCGAUAAAACGGGGUUCAUCAAACACUUUCUGGACAUCCGUGAGCAGCUCGUCCUAGUGGCGCCGACCAACCUCGGCAAAUCCACCAACCUCCACCAUGCUCAAGCACUUCUUCCAGAUCCCCGUCCACUCCACAGGUGCCAACCUCACAGUCUACAUGACAGAAAAAGCCACCUUCUUCGGCCAUCCCGCCAUCUGCAAGAAGCAACCCUCCAUCUGCAAGAAGCAACCCUCCAUCUGCAAGAAGCAACUCUCCAUCUGCAAGAAGCAACCCUCCAUCUGCAAGAAGCAACUCUCCAUCUGCAGUAGUCAUCUAUCCAGAAUCAAGAGUUUCACCGUGGACUUGGCUUUCCGCGGCUGGAAGGACCCAGAGAAAUCUACAUUUGCUGACGUCACAAAUGAUGAGACAAGAGACUUAUGCGUGAUUGGCUGGCUAAAAUGGACGUAGUGAUUAGUUGCAAGUCUAGUUAUCACUAAAGUGCGAUUUCAGGUUUGAUGUAGAGAAGUUGGGAGGAAAAUCCACUAAAUCUUGGAGUUACUAAUAAUUGUUCUGAAUCUGGAUGUAAAAACUAAAUGGAAUUCACAAUUAUGUGUUGCCGGGCAUUCUAAUGCUCCCAACAGAAGCACCGCGCGUGACAUCAAAAGAUUACGAUGGCCCUUGAUGACUUUAAUAAAAGUACCAACAGCUUUAAAAAGAGGCUAGUAAAGUAUGAGGGCGGAACUUUGAGUGCAGAACUUUUUGUGUUGAUGGAAUUAACCGACACAGAACUUAAGAGGGUGACUUUCGCAGCGCAAGCUCAAAGCUGGGCCGACUGAAGAGAAUUCCGAUCGAGACAGAGUCCAGAACAGAAGUGACAAACGUAGAAUUUUCAAUUAGAGUUUUGGGUUCAAAGUUUGGAAUUAUCAUUUAGAAUGGCCGUGCGCGCAAUGCUCACAUGCAACUCGGCUUUAGAAAUUAAGAGAGGGAGAGAGAGAGAGGGAGAGAUGGAAAAACAUGGGAGUGAGGGAGGUAGAGUUACUCUCAGGUUGAUUUGACGGUUUCAAGGUAACCUGGUGAAGUAACCUGGAGAUCACCGGUAUAGUGGAAGGGAGGGGGUGGUUAGGGAAGGUGUGCAAAACUACUUAAAUAUGAAUGAAAACAGGAAGAUAAAUGUACAAAGGAUUUAAUGUUGUUGGGAAAAUAGUAUGAUACGAGCAUUUUUUUCCAUUUGUCUCUUCUGUCAGGUAUUGUUUUAUCUGUCACUUUAGGUCGUUUGCAAAUAGUAGGAGGGGAGAUACAGUUGCUUAUUAGAGAGCAGAGAGCUGGGAGCAAAUGCUACCAUACAUGUAAUGCUAAUUGCGUACUUACAUAUUGCAGGAGUUACAUUAGGCAUUGAAUAUGCAAUAUUUCAGUUUUUAAUAAAGAAAUAAAACACGGAUGAUGAAAUGAGAGGGACCCUUUAAUGCCCUUUGAGAAUAUGGAUGUUUCCUGUUGACUCGCUUUUUGGAUUGUGGUUGUCACCAUGUCACCUUAGUACGAUUGGGAAUAGUAGAGAAGGAGGUACAGUUGCUUCGUAGAGUGUAGAUAGCUAGGAGCAGAAAGGUCCAUCGUUUCAAGGCGUGGCGACGGGAAGCAUUGUUUUUUUCAAAUCGAACCAGAAGGCAGACCCACCCUUAUAAUCAUGAAUCUUAAUAACGCAAGUUACAAGAUAAGGAAAUUGAGCAAACGAUUGACAAUUAAUAUGAAUUUUCAACGUUCGAGUGACUCUAAAAGUGCUUUCCUGGCUAGGUCACGGGGCAAACUGUAUGUUUUUUUUUUUUAGUUUGUCGAAUACAAUGUCAAAUUUUCCACAAGCGUAUCUUCAGCUUUUUUCUUGGAUGGCGUUUUCAGCGCUGCUGUUUUCACGGUGAAUACCUCUCUCAUGAUUCAGGAUUGUUUCCGGUGAGAUGCGGCCUAUGACUUUGGACUGUUUAUUCUGGUUUCAUUCGUAGAAUUUUUAUGUGGCAUACGUUUUGAGGACUUAAAAUAGUCGUUAAUAAGUUAGGAAUUAAACCUGACAUACACACUAAUCCAUUCUUGAUUACGUUCAUCCAAUUCAGGCUGUUAGCAUUUUGCUAUCUUCUCACCUCAGAGCGUUGAUGAAUGAUGAGUUGCCUUUUGUAGCGUGGUUCGCUCAUUUGAAUCUUUCAAUUUCUAUCUAUCUAUUCUAUUUCUUUCAAUCUAGCCCAUGAAAAAUUCUUUUUUCUUAAGGACCCAAUCCACUAAUUCUCCUUUGAGUUUCCCUAUCACUGUGCAUCUUCCGCGAGUUUUAGCCCUGCGCCUUGUGAAAACGUACAUAUUUUCCUUAACUUCCUCUACCGUCAUUUUUAUUUCCCUAGCAAUUCCCUCAACGAACUUCUCCUGCUCCAGAUCCUCCGGAAUUGUUUCAAAUUUAACUGUGGCUAGAUCCCUCUCCAAUUCCUUAACUUCACCCUUCUCAUCUGUAAGACCCUUUCUAUAGAUACCAACUAUUUCCUCCUUAUUUUCUUCCUCGCAUUCAGCUUCCAAAAUAACCCCUUUCCUCAGUAAUUUGAGAUCCAAAAUUCUACACUUCUUUUCCCUCAGUUUUUUCUCCAGAAUAUUUUCCCUAAUUUUCCCAAAUACUUUCCUCGAAUCCUGUUCUUCCGGCUUCUCCUCUGUUGACUUAACAAAAAUCUUUGCUUUUUCCGGAUUUUUGUUUCUUUGAUUCUUUUUGGCGCUUUUUGAGAUUACUGUCGUAAUCGGAAUUUCCGACUGUCCCGUUGAACGUACAAGAAGCGAGUCGAAUUUUUUUCUCCCUCAUGGGAAAAGAAGUAGGAAAAAUUUACAGGUCUACAAGUCCAGCUUGAAAUUACCUAUUCGCACAUAUCAAAACAAAUUCAGAAAAACAAAAAAUAACAGAGAAAACUUGGAAAUAUUCGGAGCGUUACAGAAAGCAUGUACGCGUCGUGAAAGCCAACCCCUCUAAUUAUUAAUUACACAUAACUUUUGAGACAAUAUGCUUGCUGCAUGGAUGCUUCGCACAGUUCUUGGAUAGGUUUUAAUUGCGGAUAAGUCUAGUCUGUCCAUCCUAUACUAGUAAACAAGGAGAGCAUGAUAGUGGUGGUAGUAAGAAUGGUAGAGAGUUUAGAGUGGCGUUAGUGGCGGCUAUGAUUGUGGGAUUGAGUCUUGUGACGGUCGUAAUGGUGACGGUCGUGGUCUUUAAGACAGCUGCAGGCGCCUCAAAAAUCAUAUUACUCCGAUCACAAUUCAACAAGCUAUGUAGAGAAACACAUUAAUAUGGGCUCACAAUUUGUGUCACACAAGUGUCAGGGUGGGCACACAAGCGUCUUAUUUACUAUAAUGUUAAGUGUUCUGAAGGUCCUCAAUCUUCUUGACCAAUCUGUUGAUCGUUGUUCACCUCGGUAUCGCCUAAGGGCAUUUCAAUACUGGAUGUAUUGCGUUUCAUUCUAAUUAAUUAUAAAUAACUUUCGCGGCGAUAUGUUUGCUGCAUGGAUGCUUCGCACAGUUCUUGUAUAGGUUUACUCGUAAACGGGGAGAGCAUGAUGGUGGCGGUAGUAGGAAUGGUAGGGAGUUUAGGGUGGCGUUAGUGGCAUUAGAGUACAGUUAGUCUAGGAAAAGUUAAACUUGUCCGUACAGUUUUGGAUUUAAUAGCAACACUUGGCACGCAUGUAUUGAGAAAACCGUUGCACCGCCACAUGAAAAACUCGAUUUUCCCCCGCAAGGAGGAACAUUUUGGAAAAACAAAAACGGCCUACAAGUUCGUCUUGAAAUUGCCGAUAUCACUGAACAAGAAAAAUUCACAAAAACUAGGGAGAAACCAGAAAAGAACUUAAAAAACAGCGGAGCGAGCAGAAGCGCACGACUGCACCGUUGAACGUUCAAGAAGCAUAAGUCAAAAUUAAUUGUGUCAAAAUCGUCGGUUUUGUUUUUCGAGAAAUUAGCUGGGCCUUAUCUACACCUGAUUGCGAUUAAGGUGUGGAUUGUAGACUAUAAUCUUAUCAGCUGUUUUUUAUGAUAAAUUUAUGAGAGUGUCUUUUUGAUAAUAAAAGUCAUAGAAGUGAUUCGUAGUGUUCUAUUCUAUUAUUACAAUCACAUACUUGCAAAGAUUAUCUAAUCGUAAGACACAUCUAUCAUUGAGCUUUUCUUGUCGUAGAAACAAGUACUUAUUUACUUGUUUGUUCAAUUCAAUUGUUGUAGGGUCAGUUGCAAGAAGAUAAACGAUAUACACGGAGGGGGGGGGGGUUCCGAUUAACGGGGAUAAGUAUACGUUUAAAACUAUUCCCUAUGGAUAGUUCUCAAGACUUUUCCAAUUGCCUUCGUUGAUUAUUUGCCAUUGUAGGGUAGUGUUCAGCGUUUAGAAUGUAAUUUGACUGGUUUAUAGACUUCAGAGGCGAGACUUAUAGCACCAAAAAUGAUUGCUCGCUUUGUUUUGUUUCUCUUUGCAUCUUCAUUUAAUUUAUGUAUACAAGUUGCGACCAGCUUUUUGACAAAGAUUGAAUCGAAAUCCGAGCACCACUUUUGCUCACCACUCUGUACAUACAUCACGAUUGAAGCAAGUAUGAUAGUAUGUAAAAAAUACUUAAUUGUUAAUAAAAUAUGUACUUAA